AUGCCUCGCACCCGCUCGCAAGCGGUCGAGUCUCCGCUCGUCUCUCUCGAUACACCACGUCGAAAGAGAAAAGCCACAACAACUACGAAGUCUUCAGCUACUGUCCAAGAAGAAACUGCCCCGAAGCCAAAGCGCGGUCGCAAGCUCGCUAAGAAGGAAGUAGCACCAGAAAAGGCAUCUGAAGAGCCAACUCCAAGCAAAAGUGAGAUAAUUGAAACCCAAUCAAUUGAAACUACCCAACCCCAACCACCCCAGGAACUCCAAACCCAGGAGCCUCAAGGAGACGUACCCAUUGCCGAAGCAGCAAAGGACAACGGCUCGAUAAUUCCACCGAUUACACCGAAAAGAGAGGCCAACCCCGAUGCAUCUUCUGUCACCAGCAGAGGGUCUAGCCCCAGUAUCUGUUCGCCAGCAAAGAAGCGCUCAGUGCAGAAGGCUCUCGCGACGGUCAAGGAAGCAUUGAAGAAACCUCGCCAACUUAUCAAACAACGACUUAACCGUCUUCGAAAUUCGUCUGAACCAACCGAAGGUCCUCAGACAGUAGCCGCUUCCAAAAGCUUUCCCUCCACCGAUUAUUCCUUGGCUGAGGAUGAGAUUCUCGAUGCAGCCCUGGAAAUUGUUCUCCAUCGCAUGGAGAGCGAUUCGUUUACAACCAAUCCGUUUAUGCCGUCUUCUAUCCGUUGUCCUUGCUGCCGAGGUGCAUUGAAAUUCCAGUGUCCCGAAAACCACGAUUUGCAGUCUUGGAUCCCUGAUGAAGCCAAGGAAGCAAUGAAUGCUGUGCUAACAACAAUGUUUGCAGAAGGUAUUGUGACGGCUUCGGAAGAAAAAGAAAACGCCCGUCGAGCCGAAAGGAAGCCCGAGGCCAAAACCAAACACCAAAUUGAGGAGCCACGAAAAGCCGCGCCUCAGAAUAAAAAAGUUGAAUUGUCUUCAAAGGCGAGAGGCAAGAAACGCGCUAGAGAAUCUCACGAGGAUGACGGUCCUGACGAAGCACCCAGAGCUCAACGCCCUCGCUUAACAAGUUCAGCAGGUCGAACUCCUUUCAGCAAGCGUCGCACGGCAACUCCCCACACGGCCACUCCCCGCCGUAAACUGCCCUACUCCGAGAUACGUCGCCGGGCUCUUGAACGAGAGCAGGAGAAUGCCCCGUCAAUCUUUCGCUUGGAUGAGAUUGUGGCACAGCAUGAAGCACGAGAGAAGGCCGAAAAGGCUGCUGAAGAAGCUGCAGAGGCAGAGCGUCUUCUAGCUAUCUCGCGAACCGCAAUGGAACGGCAUGCGGUAAUGGGGCCAGUCCCAGAAGAAAUGCGGGAUUCAUUCGAAGUUCCUGUAUUCGACGAUGCCCCCCGGGAUUCACAUACCACAGAAGCUCAUGAGCCUACCGAGAAUCACGAGGCCAACGAAGAAGCUCACCAAGUUAAUGAAGCUAAUCAGGUCAAUGAAGCCUCCGAGGCUCCCGAGACACCGAGCCCCAAUACCUGGGGUUUUGAUAUUCGCAAUUUCUUUACUUCCGUUACUGGCUCUGUGAGACGCUUUGUUCCAAAUUUCAGACAGGAAAGAGUCCGAGCUGUCCCCUUUGGUAAUGCAACUCCAAUUGCUGCCAACGGCACAGCGGGCAGACCCGCGGCAACCAACGGUGAUGUCAACGGUGACACUCCGACUCCUGCCAAUGGCAAUAGAAAUAAUGAUACCGGAAUGGAUUUGACUUACAGCUUAUUUCCCCCUCCAUUGGAGCUCCCCGUGUCUCGGUCGGAUUCUCAACCUAGCAAAGGUGAUGGCGCUGAUCAACUAUCUAAUGGAACAACGCUGACUGCUGCACCAGCUUUCGCCGAGAGAACAGGCACAGCAGAUGUACCGAAUGUCGAGCAAGGCACAACCCCUGCUAUCGGACGAGACAACUUGCAGGAACCACUAGCAUCUGCGCAAAAUCUUAGUAAUGGUGAACCCAGUGACGCUGACAAAGAGCCAGAGUCGGCGAGUGCAAGCAAUAAACGCAAACGCGAACGCCCUCCUUCUCCAGACGUCAUUCCAAACCCACCCGGUUGCAGCUACGGGUUGCACGACGACUAUUUUACUUAUUCAGAUGAUGAGAUCGAGGAAGCAGAAGCAUACUGCGCCGCCGAGGCUGCCGCAUCGACAAUUGCCCCCGUUGCUGAGCGCUCAGAAAAGAGGGCUCGGUUUCUUUCACCCGAAGAGGACUCGUCAAACGUUCGGCAAAAAGAGACAACUAAUGUCCGCCAGAGGACACCUCCUUGGGAGGAGCGCAUCCCCCCUGGCUGGGCUCGUGCUACGACUACGGUUUACACUGGUAAACUUUUUAAGGGUAUGAGACCUCAAAUUCAAGAACCCCAAACACCCCUGGCAUUUCAAUCAUCUCCAGCACGUGAACAAUUUCAUACUCCAUCCUUUCAAACUCCAUCACACCAAGCAUAUCCACUUCGGUCGCCCCAGACAUGGGGGUCCCCAUAUGGUACCCAAAGGCUCCGAGGGAUCAAUUUUCGUUCAAAGGAAGAUACAGGCCGCCCCCCGAGCCAAAUAUACCCUAGAAGAGGCUCAUUUCUAGAUCUACGAAGGGAGCGACUGCGAAGAAACGCUAUCGCUCCUUUGGGUAGAUCUAGCACACUCUGGAGCUCAGUGAACAGUCGUGUUAACGCUUAUUUAGAAACCCCAGGACCAUCCCAACCCCCUCGUAUCCCAGCCAACGAGUCGCUUGCCAACCCUUCAAUGCCUUGGGAUUUGAAUCAGCAACCAUCUGCCGAUUCGACUUUUGCCAACGAGCCUGUAUUCCAGCAACAAGCUGCUACUACUAAUAUUUCAGAAAAUGACACAGUUCCACAGCCGACUGUCACGCCACUAAUGCCUCAGGAAUCUAAUCAGCAACCGCCUGCCAUCUCGACUUUCUCAAACGAGUCUGCAUCUCAGCAACAAGCUGCUACUAUGAGCAUCCCGGCAAAUGGUCUGGUUGCACAGUCGCCUCCAGAGCACGCCGAUGUGGAGAAUCCCGUUACUCCUAGGCCGAACAUCGCCCCUGAAACCACCAGCUUACCGCCCAUCAUUCAACCUCUGUCAGCAGCGUCAAAAGGGCAGUCUGGGACAAACAUACAUAAACCAAGUAACCCAAGCCGUCUACGCCAGGCAAUGCGCCUUUCUUCCAGCCCAUUGUCUCAGCCAAGCCCAGCCACGAAUUUGAGUGAACCAAGUCAGCAAGACCUGAUGCAAGUUUUUGGAGACGAUGAAUUCGGUCGUCAAGCUUAUGAUAUUUACAAGAGUUGCCCCUCUGGUGAUCUCAGUCAGGUGCAGUGGCCCACCUUUGAAUCGCUCCCAGAAAACGGGGUUCAACAGUCCAUUGACAGCACGCCACUCGACGAAAGUCAGCAACUAACCAGUCGAAACACAUUCCAAACUUCCUUUGAACAAUUCCAAAGCGAACUUGAUCAGGGCUUAAUCGACCCAGAUGAGAUCCUGGGUGACUUGCCGUUGUAA